CAAGGAAGAACAGCGACCGUGUGAAGCCGAGCACCGUCGAAACGUAUGGGAAUCAUCGCCGGCCACGUUACGCAGAGGAUCCAUUUCCGUUUACGCGUAUCUUCUUCGUCCUCUUCGUCCUCGGAGGCGCGAGUGACAACCCCCCCGUAACCGAGGGCUCGAAGAAACGCAGUGCAAAGCAGCGAGAAAAGGCCUAACGGGGGUAUAACAGUGUGACCGUAACUGUACGCGCAUUCGCGUCGAAUAAACGUGGUUACGAAGGAAAAGGAACAAGGGAUUGUUGCGAUCGCGGAAGGAAGUGUUACACCUUCGGUGGAUCCGAUUGUUCUUUGUACGUCGAGAAUUCGUGCAUCGUGCGUCGUUUCUCACGAGGAUGGACCCACGAGAGUCCUCGGGACCCUCCGGAACGCACGAGACCGCGAGAAACGAUUGCGUGGCUUAAGGAAACUCGAGUAAAUCCAUACGCUUCCCGGUCUGCUGUCUCUGUGCGUUUCAUCGACGGCUCGGAGGAGAGACGGUCGAGCGAGCAUAGGUCAGACCGACGAAUCGACGAGGAGCCGGCCGCCCGGAGUCGCGGAGGACAAGGAAAGAAGGCUUGCUCGCGAUCGUCGUCGCAUCCGACAGUCUCAAACGGUGGGUUUAGCACCGACGACAAGGACACCGGGCAAAGGAGCCCCACACUUUACUUCGCGCUCGACGAUCAAGGUGAAUAGACAACGAUGGUAGAUACGCAACACUUUUGCCUGCGAUGGAACAAUUACCAAAGCAGUAUAACGUCGGCGUUUGAAAACUUGAGGGACGAUGAGGAUUUCGUGGACGUCACAUUGGCCUGCGAUGGCAAGAGCCUCAAAGCGCAUCGCGUCGUACUUUCCGCCUGCAGUCCCUACUUUAGAGAAUUGCUCAAGAGCACACCGUGCAAACACCCGGUGAUAGUACUUCAGGACGUAGCGUUCAGCGACUUGCACGCUUUGGUGGAGUUCAUCUAUCACGGGGAAGUGAACGUGCAUCAGCGUUCCCUUAGCAGUUUCCUGAAGACCGCAGAGGUCCUCAGGGUAUCGGGGCUCACGCAACAGGCGGACCAAACGGACAGGGACGAGCUGUCCCACGUCCGCGCGUUGGCCGCCGGUGGCAAUCAUCUUCCUUUCCACGAGAAAUUGGACGAAAGCUUUCUCCGAGGUGGUUCCCCGCCCACGCCAGUGACCCCGAUACCACCCACCGUGCAGCAAUUGAUACGCAGGCCGCCGAUACGUAAGAACGAAAGACGAACGCCGGAUCCGCACGAGGAGCCCACCAGGAAGACGAGGCUGCUGUCGCCGCCGUUGAACAACAACGACGCGACGCCCACGGACUUCUCGAUGGUGAAGAACAACCAUCUUUCGAGCAAGGUCGAGGGUAACGGCGUGCACGAGGAGGCCAGCCCUCUGGAGGACAACAUUAAGUGCGAGCCGUUGGAGCUGACAGGUGGUAACGGCGGAAACGGAGGCAACAACGAGGACUCGUCGGAUUCUGCAGCGGCUGCGUCGGACCGACCACCAGCGUCUGCGAGCAGUAACGAGCACGAGGUCGAGUCCGAACACACGUCCACGCUGAAUUUUUCGUCAGAGUCGAAAAUCUUCCCGCCGACGCCUGGGGGCUAUAAUUUCAGUAUGGCGGCGCUCUCCACGGACCACAUGCCGUUGUCAGUGAAAUUUCCAGGAUUGGGCCACGGGUUGCAACCACCGGACUUGGCAGGAACCUCGCAAGACCGGGAGGUCGCCGAGGAGGACGGGGGUUGGCAGUCCGCUACCAACGGAGACGGUCAACGGGAAACCGGCGAAUCGGGCCAAAGUACAGGAACUAGUCAGUGCGAGGUGGCGCAGCAUGGCCACCAGCAGCACCAGGAACUGCCCAUUAUCGAUCUCUUAGACGACAUUAACGAUCAGAUGCAGAUCGUGCUCAAGUCGGAGCCUCUGUCGCCGAAGAUCGACGAGCUCGAGUCCUGUCUGCUCUCGGAGCAGAUCGAUCUGCAGGCGGAUCCGCUGUCGACCGCCCACCAUCAGAUUCGCCAGCAGAUCGGCAACAGACAGCAACAGCAAGCGAGGACCACCGAGACCGGCCCGUUCGCCGAUCUACGAUGGCUCGCGCAGAACGGUAACCUGCAGACAGCGUCCAAGUAUCGCGACGCGGACCACAAGAGCUCCGCGAACCGAUCGAACAGCGCCACGUACUGCAGCUUCUGCCAGAAGACGUUCUCGCGAGCCUGGUCCCUUCAGAGGCACCUGGCGGACACGCACUUCUACGUGCCGCAGUCACUGUCGUGCGACCAGUGCGGCAGGAGUUACAAGUCCAGGAACAGCCUCGUCAGCCACAAGAGCCAGUACCACGCGAGGAAGGACCGCAAGGAGCACGAGGAACAGUGCGAGGUCACGUAUUGAACGACCUUCCACGCGGUUUACUGACCGAAUUGCGUCGGUGGUCCCGUCUCGCGUCUCGAAAUCGAGAACACAUCGACCGCCCAGGGGACGCGUUCAGGCUGAAAUCAGGAGUUUCAAGCGCUCGCGUGGAUGUUCACCAGGCACAGAUUCCGAUUCCGUUCGAGCUCGUCCGCCAGACGGCCAUUCCUUCCUAGUCCUCGGAUCGCGACGAAGCGUUACCUCGUUACACACGCCAAAGAGAGUUUAAUGACUCGCGUUAGCUUAAGUUUCGCGCGGACGUUCCCCCACGGUUCUGUUGUACAGUCGUACCCCCG